AUGAACCCCGAGUACGACUACCUCUUCAAGCUUCUCCUCAUCGGUGAUUCCGGUGUUGGAAAGUCUUGCCUUCUGUUGCGAUUCGCCGACGACACCUACACCGAGUCCUACAUCUCCACCAUCGGUGUCGACUUUAAAAUCCGCACGAUAGAGCUCGAUGGAAAGACGGUGAAGCUGCAAAUCUGGGAUACUGCCGGCCAGGAGCGUUUCCGCACCAUCACUUCCUCCUACUACCGUGGUGCCCACGGCAUCUGCGUCGUCUACGAUGUCACCGACAUGGACUCCUUCAACAACGUCAAGCAAUGGCUUCAGGAGAUUGACAGAUACGCCACCGAGGGCGUCAACAAGCUGCUUGUCGGCAACAAGAGCGAUAUGUCCGACAAGAAGGUUGUCGAGUACACCGUCGCCAAGGAAUUCGCCGACAGCUUGGGCAUCCCCUUCCUCGAAACCUCUGCAAAGAACGCCAGCAACGUCGAGCAGGCUUUCUUGACCAUGGCCCGCCAGAUCAAGGAGCGCAUGGGCAGCACGACCGCGAACAACACGAAACCCUCCGUACAAGUCGGCCCCGGCCACGGCGUCUCCUCGAACUCGGGAGGUGGCUGCUGCUAA